AUGUUGAACAAAUUCAAUUGUGUUGUUUUAUUGAAAUGGUACAUUGUUACAAUAACAAUUGUUCAAUUGUUCAAUUUUCAAUUAACACAUCAAGCGGUUUAUCAAAAUCUAACUAGGGAAAAAGAAGAAGUAGGAAAGAGUAAUUUCCCAAUCGAAUUAUUAAAAGAUAUUUAUGUUUAUCAAUAUUCAGAAUCUAUCAAAUAUGAUGAAGUGUCUCCGGUGUCAAUGGACAAAGCGGCCACAGUGACCCUCGGUGAAUAUCAAACUUUAAUUGUGAAACCUAUUUUUAAAAUAUGGUAUGAAGGAUUAGAUAUGGAUUAUGUUGAAAUAUUUCCUAGUGGAUGUAAUAUAACAACUUUCUAUCCGGUAGAAAUAAUUAAAACUUUCAAUGAAAUGCCCACUACGAAUACCAUAAAAACAAUUCAUAAUAAAUGUAAUUUGACAAGUCCAUAUCCGAUAGAAUUAAUUAAAGUUUUCAAUGCGAUGCCAACUAUGAAUACAAUAAAAGUAAUCCAUAAUGUAAUCUAUGAUAAUUUUUAUGGAAAGCGUAAUGAACAAAACAUUCCACAAGUUGCUGUGAAAUCUGGAACAUUAGUCGAGUAUAGACCACUUCCAGUCUGCAAAGAAACAGGUUCUUAUAAUUUGUUGCAAGAUUUACAUUGUCAAGAGUAUACAACAGUGCAUAGUUCUUUUAAUUGUUGGCUUAAUAACAGUAAAUUUUGCUCAGAAAUAAAGUGUUCCGAAACGACUGAUGUGUACUCAGAGGAAUCGAACAUGAAUUCGUCGAGUAUUCCUAGCACUGAAUCAACUGCCACUACGGAGCCGACUACUUUUUCAACAACCAGCAGCACGGAAAAACAACGCACGCUAGUAAAUAGUCAAACAAUGAAUGUGAAUAUGGAGUUUCGUCGUUUCACCGUUGCAUUGUUAAUGCCAUUUUUAUUGAUCGCUGGAGUGGUGUGCAUUGCUUUCCCAGUAUUUUUACAUAAAAAACACACAUUUCUUGCAAUAAGAUGGUCCGAUCUUCGAGUUUAUAAUGAAGGUGGAAAAGAAAUGAAGGAACGUGGUAUGCAACAAUUUUCAGUUCAUUGA